GACGAGACGGGGAGUCCAACGCACCAUACCUCCAGCCCCCGUUCCCUUCCACCUGUCCACCUCUCUCGCUUGUCGGCUCAAUUCUGUCUGUUGCCCUCGCGAGCGGCGGCGAUGGACGGCCACGGCGACGGCCGGCAGCCCAUGCUGGAGAAGGGCCCGCCGAGCCACCGGGAGCGGCACUUCACGGCCGGGGAGGUGGUGCGCGACGUCAUCAUGGGCGUGUCCGACGGCCUCACCGUGCCCUUCGCCCUCGCCGCGGGCCUCUCCGGCGCCAGCGCGCCGUCGUCGCUCGUCCUCACCGCCGGCCUCGCCGAGGUCGCCGCCGGGGCGAUCUCCAUGGGCCUCGGAGGGUACCUGGCUGCCCAAAGCGAGGCAGAUCACUACAAGCGGGAGAUGAAGAGGGAGCAGGAGGAGAUCAUUGCCGUCCCAGACACCGAGGCUGCUGAAAUUGGGGAUAUCAUGGCAGAGUACGGGCUCGAACCGCAUGAGUAUGGCCCUGUUGUGGAGGGCCUCCGGAGGAACCCGCAGGCUUGGCUCGAGUUCAUGAUGAGGUUUGAGCUCGGAUUGGAGAAGCCGGACCCUAGAAGAGCCUUGCAGAGCGCUUUAACAAUAGCGCUAUCUUAUAUCAUCGGUGGAUUGGUCCCUCUCCUGCCCUACAUGUUCAUCUCCACUGUCCAGGACGCCAUGCUCACAUCAGUUGGAGUCACGCUGCUCGCGCUCCUUUUCUUUGGCUACAUCAAGGGUCGAUUUACUGGGAACCGCCCGUUCCUUAGCGCUGUCCAGACUACUAUUAUUGGUGCUGUUGCUUCUGCUGCGGCGUACGGGAUGGCGAAGGCUGUGCAAGCUAGAUAAUCUUAUGGGGUGCACUUGUAUCCAAACUUUUCACUAGCCUGCAAUGAAUUCAGAACAGAUGUGAAUUUGCUUCUUUGAACAAUGCAUUAUAUUACAUUGCAAUCAGUUGUA